AGCGGGCAGCGGAGAGCGCACAACAGUGGAGCACAGAGAGAGAGAGAGAGAGAGAGAGAGAGAGGCGGCACAGCUUCGCCAUCAAAACCAUCACCACCAGCACGACCACCAUCAAAACCACCGCGACCACCAGCAGCAGCAACCCGACCGCAGACAGCCUCCUCUCUGUGCGCUCUGACCGCGGAGGAGCAGCGCAGGAACAUGCUGCCACUCCGGCCGUCUCAUUAACUCAGCCACCGCCAACAACGAGCCUGCUCCGCGGGGCCCCGACACCCUGAAACACCGCCAGGACCCCCACUGGACAAGGACCAUUUAAAAAGACGUUUUACUGGAUGCCUGUUGGAUCUGCCAGAGCAGCCAUGGGCAGUAAGACCCUGCCAGCACCGGUGCCCCUCCACCCGUCCCUCCAGCUGGCCAACUACUCCCUCCUGCAGAGCUCCACAGGCCUCCAGCUGCCAGCGGAUAACUUUCCCAGCAUCUACAGCUUCAGCGCCCUGCACGCCAUCCACCUCCACCAGUGGACCCUUGGCUACCCUCCGCUCGCCCUCCCCCGCUGCACCAUCUCCAAGCUGCCUGCUCAGUUCUCCUCCAUGGCCUCCCUCCCGCUGUUCCCCCACCUCCUGCAGCCCAGGCAGGACUCAGCAGGGCUGCUGCAGAGCUCCAAGAACAAGCCCCGCUUUGACUUUGCCAACCUGGCGACGGCAGCCACCCAGGAGGAUCACCUGAAGGCGGAGGAUCUCAGCAUGUCGGGAGCUGCCGCUGCCGCUGCAGCUCAAGUUUCAUCUCACCACCCAGCCUCGGCCGGCCUGGGAUGCCUUCUAGACGUGACCAAACUCUCUUCUCCAGAGCGCAAGUCAAGCCGAGGACGCCUCCCCUCCAAGACAAAGAAAGAGUUCGUCUGCAAGUUCUGUGGACGCCAUUUUACCAAAUCCUACAACCUGCUGAUCCACGAGAGGACGCACACAGAUGAGAGACCGUACACCUGUGACAUCUGCCACAAGGCCUUCAGACGACAGGACCACCUCCGAGACCACAGGUACAUCCACUCCAAAGAAAAACCCUUCAAAUGUCAGGAGUGUGGGAAAGGCUUCUGUCAGUCCAGGACUCUGGCCGUGCACAAAACGUUACACAUGCAAGUCAAGGAACUGAAGCCAGCCAAGAUCAAGUGAUUCAUUCGGUCAGCAGGGAGGGGACGGGGACACUGGAAAAACACGACCAAAGACAGCAACAGUCAAACAACGACCAAAGACUUUUCAUCUCAGUGCCGUCCGCAGCCAUGGGAAUACUUUCAAGGAUGAAAUGUUUCAGCAGCCGGCCUCUUAAAGAAAAAAAAAUCAGCCUUAGUGGAGAAGUGUACGCUUAGUUAUGAAAGCCUGAUUUGGCAGAGGACCCAGUGGACGUGUGGAAUGUGAAAUGGACCUGAAGAACAUUAAAAAAAAUCGGUGUGGCUGCUCACUCGGUGAAAACUUUGAAUCCAAAGACUUUUUUAAAGGGACAUGACUCGUAUGCAAUUUUUAAAAACAAAACCUGAGAAUGAUCAAAGCCAUGAUAACAUCGACGCAUUUUCAAUAUCACAUUCCAAUGUUAUUUUUGUACAGAUACAUUAUAUCAGAAAUGUAUUUUUGCACUUUAACCUGAUUAUUGAUUAUUUACAUAUAUCACUGGAUUUCUUAAACCUAUUUUCUAAAUGAAUAAUCAUUUCUAAAUAAAAUAUUUUAC